AUGGGCGGUGAUUCUCUUAAUUUAAAGCGGCCGAAUAUAAGGCGGCUGGGCCCCUUCGAAAAUUCGACGCUCUGUUACUUUCUUUUUUCACGUUACACCUCGGUUAAAAUACAAGAAAAUAACAGUGACAACAACAACUUCCCAGCGUUAAGGUGA